AUGGGAACCGAAGUGAAUCACUGGAGCUUCUUUCAGCUGCCGCCCUUCUUCACGUUGCAGCCGGGCCCAGCGGCGUUAAUGCGGCAGGUGUCCUUGUGGGGAAACCUCAUCAUGGAUCACGCGGCAUAUCAUGCGCCGCAUACACGGCGUGGCUCAUGCCGCUUUCUGCGUCUGUACAAGACCACAAGUGACGUUUUCCGCAACCCAUCAAUCAGCCGGCGCCUUCCAGCGGAUGCCGCCCGGCGGAUGUUGGAGGCGCUUGUGACUCAGCAGCCAAAUUUCUGCGCUGCAGUGCGGAGUGACGAUGAUGAUAAGGAAUUUGCUGUUCUUGUUGCCUGUAACGCCGGUGGGUUAAAGGAAAUCGAGGAGUCGUUGCUAUCGUGGCUUCUGGACAGUGGGGCUGGAACUACCACGGAGCAUCUUGCGCGGUCUGGGGUGGUGAUGACAUUUGAUGAAUUGGCGGAGGGUAAUUGCUUGGCUUACAACCGUGCGCGAGACCCUUUGAUGGGUAGGUUGACGCAAGAUCCAGUGCCCAUUCCAGACGUGGGGACACUGUCUGAAGAGCAGGCCGUCCGCGCUUUUCUGCAGGCCCUCAUGACUCGUCCAGUUUCGGUUCUGCGCCCCUUCCGUAUUACAUUUUUCAAUCUAGACGGCAGUGAAAGACAGCCUUAUCAGGGUGUCAAAUUCGGAGGAGCCUUACCACCGUGA